AUGGCCCAGGCUGAGAGCUGUUACGAGCUCUCAGCCCCGCCCCCAGAAAGGAUGACAGGGAGCACUAAAGAGAUUUCUAGCUGUUCGCCCAGCAGGAACAAGGCAAGUACAAUGAAGAAUCCUCCCAGUGGUCUGGUCAUUCAUUCAACCAACUAUGUGCCAAGCAUUGUUCUAACAGCUCGGGAUAUAUCAGUGAAGAAAGAUUGCUGCCUUUUUGGAGCUUACAUUAAAAAGUUUGGUAAAAAGGAAAAGUGCAAUAGAGCAGGAAAAGGGAUGGGAGAAUGGGUUGGAGUUUUCCGUAGGGUUUCCUACUUAAAUCUAUUGGAAUUGAGAAAGAUUUUAAAAAACCCUACAAGAUUACCCCAUUCAGACGCUGGUGAAUAUGUCCCUCAGUCCAAGUCGACCUUCCUCAUCAGAGCUGGGGGAAAAGCCACUCCAAAUGAAAAUCAGACUGGAAAUAAUCAAAUUGGAAAUGCUGAAUUGCCAGGAUCACAGGAAGAUUCAGAUGAUGAUUAUUUUAGCGGCAAAAAAAGUCAGUUUCUUUGGAAAACUGAAGAUGAUAGAACUAAUAUCAUUAGAAGAGAGGACAAUCAGCUAGGUAAAAAAGAGUGCAUCAGCCUACCAGACCUUAUUGAUUUUCCUUCAGUUCCUUGUCAACCUGCUCUUUCUCCAGGAAUAACUGAUAUAUUGUUAUUACAGAUUGAGAGAGAGAAUAUUAUCGAACAAAUGAAACAAGUAAGGGAAGAAAGAAGAUAUCUGGAAAGAAUUAGAGAAGAACUAAUAAAAAAAGUUGAAAGGCUAUUGGAACAAGGCAAAUUAAAGCGAUAUCAUGCUUGUGAUGUUUGGAAGAAAAAGUACUUUGAAACAAAGAAAGUUGCAGCAUCAUUGGAGGAGGUUUUAACAAAACUUCGAGAAGAUUUGGAACUUUACUAUAAAAAAUUGCUCAUUCAGCUUGGAGCCAGGGAGAUCAAGAUGAGACCAAAGAAUCUGGCAACCAUCACAAACUCUAAGAAUUACCUUAUCAUCGAGAUCACUGAAGUACAGCAUGCUAUUGACCAACUUAAGAGAAAAUUGGAUACUGACAAAAUGAAACUGAUAACAGAAAUUAAGGUGAGAAAACAAGCAGUUUCAGAUUUACGCACAUUGAAAGCUGAACUGGCCCAGAAGAAAUUUAAUACAUCUUUUCAAUCUCAAUAA